AUAAAUAGUUUCUAAUAGGCCGAUGAUGAUUAUUCUUCAUUAUCAAUUGUUGUUGUUCUGAUAAAGUGAUAACAUACUAAUAACAUAUUGAUAACAUAUGCGCACGUGAGUUCGAACAAAUAUUGAAAUACCAGUACGAUCUUAUAGGUUGGUGUACUAACGGUGAUGUGAUGUCACUUCUCAAGAAUGAAUCUACAGAAUCAUUAUUCUUAGUGCAUGUGAAAUAGUGCUUAAUUAUCCGUCAGAAUCGUUUUGUUAUGUGUGAAAUUUUACGAUGUUCGUCAACCGUUUAGUUUGGUUGCACUUGAAACGACGAUCUUGUGCCUACAGUCAAUCAACGGCUUUGAAAAACGAUGUAUUGGAUAAAAUCGUGUACAAUUCGGUGUUACAGGACAGUAAGAGCUCCCAAUAUUGGCGUAAAGUGGGAGAAAAAAAAAAAAUUUUAAAACGGAUAGAAUUUAAACAUGAUAUUGAACCUGUAUCCUUGCAAUACCUAGAUGGAUAUAUUGAACAAAAAGAUUCAGCUCCAAAGCCUAUAGUAGUCAAAGGAUCUGAAGACAGACCGCAUGUUUUACCAUACAGCAUUGUCAGUAAAGUUAAUUCCAUUAACAAUGACGAGAAACAAAUUGAAGAAAAUGAAGAUAACGAAAUUUAUUAUGAUUAUGAGCUCAAUGAAUUGAUGAAUAAAAACUGGAUGAGUGAUUAUGAAUGUUAUGAAGAAAGAAAUUUGGAGGAGGAAAAUAAUAUUCCUUCAUGGACUUCAAAAUAUGGUACACCUGAUCCAUCUAUAAACAUCAGCCAUGUACCUUGUGGUGGCUGUGGAGCAUUAUUGCAAUGUCAGAAUGUGUCAAUACCUGGCUACUUGCCCAGCGAAUUAUUUUGUCACUGUUCACCUGAAGAUUUGCGUACUAUGGUGUGCCAACGAUGUCAUUUUAUGUUGAAGUAUAAAACAGCUCUUUCUGUACAAGUUGACCCUAUUGAUUAUCCAAAAUUAUUAUAUCCCUUGAAAAAAAAACGAGUCCUUAUUAUUUUAAUGGUAGAUUUAACAGACUUUCCUUGCAGUAUUUGGCCAAAUAUAACGGAAUGUAUUGGUACAAAUAAACCUGUGGUAAUUGUUGGUAAUAAAUUAGAUUUGUUACCUGGUGAUUUUCCUGGAUGGAUCAAUCAUGUGCAGAAAACUUUAGUUCAAAGUAUUCCGAAAGAAAUAAAUAUCAAACAUGUAGCUGUUGUUAGUGCCAAAACAGGAUUUGGAAUCGAAGAAUUAAUUAAUAAAUUACAUACUCUCUGGCAAACUAGAGGCGAUGUAUAUUUAAUUGGAUGUACUAAUGUAGGCAAGUCUACAAUGUUUAAUACAUUAUUACAAUCAGAUUAUUGUAAAGUAAAAGCUGUUGAUCUAGUGCAAAGAGCAACAACAUCGCCUUGGCCUGGUACAACAUUAAAUUUACUUAAGUUUCCUAUAAUGCGACCAUCCAAUUGGAGAUUGUAUAUGAGAACUCAACGUCUUAUGUCAGAAAGUAAGGAAAGAGUUCUAGAACAACAAAUGGAAGCGGACCAAAGACGCUCACUGAGAAUGAAAAUUGAUGAUCUACCUUCUAUUAUUGGUCGGAUUGGUUAUACUUUUUACAAUCCAUUAAGUAAUGAUACGGUUUUAAAAAAAAAUGAAAAUGACUCUUUUGCUUCUAACAUAGUAAAACCUAAAGAAAAUCGUGUCACUAGUAGUUCUUUGGGUUUAGAUGAGAAUGAUCCACAAUUUAAAUUUAGUAAAUGGGUGUUUGAUACUCCGGGUGUAGUUCAUCCAGAUCAAUCAAUUAAUUUGCUUACUACAGAAGAGUUGAUGAUGACUCUGCCCACCACUGUUAUGGAACCAAGAACGUUUAACUUAAGAACUAUGCAAACACUAUUUGUUGGUGGUCUUGGACGAAUAGAUUGCUUGAAAACCUCAGAAAAAUUUGUACGUUUCACUGUAUUUAGUGCUUCUACACUUCCAAUCACUGUUUGUGAUUUUAAUGACGCGGAUGAGAUUUACAAAAAACUUUUAGGCACACAUUUAUUUGCCGUUCCAUGUGGUGGUAAAAAAAGGCUGGAAAAGUGGCCUGGUUUAAGUUGUUACAAGAAACCAAUUCAAUUAACUGGAAUUGAUCAUAAAACUAGUUGUGCAGAUAUUGUUCUGUCGUCUGCUGGAUGGGUAGCUGUGACUCCAUUUAAAAAUGAUGUUUGUGAUGUACAAGCUUGGACACCUGAAUGUCGAGGCAUUUAUGUUCGUACUACACCAUUGUUAAGGUAUGCUGUUAACAACCGAGGACCAAGAUUAAAAUUUACCCCUACAUUUUAUACUAAAAAGGAGUAAAUAUAUUAUAUUGUUGAUCAAUAAAAACGAUGUUCAUAGGAUAUAUAUA